CCUCGACCUGAUCUCUGCACCAUGUCCCCCCAAGCGGCCGACCCCAAGCGACGACCCGCCAACGACAGCGACGACGACCGCGAUCCGCAGCAGAAGCGGCUGAAAUCCCGCCGCGGUGAUUCCGCCAACUCUGAUCUCGGAUCGGCUGAUCUUCACGAUGGCGCGAACCGACAGGACGAUGACGAUGACAAUGACAAUGACGAUGUCGGGCCGAUGCCGGUCUCAUCCUCAGAGCCAAAGAAGAGGCACAAAGUCCUGGAGCACGAGCAGCUCUUCCUCGAGAAUCUGCCCUGCAAGGACAUGUACGAAAAGAGUCUAAUGCAUCGCGACAUUGUCAAUUUUGUUGAGGUCUCGUCUCAAACCGACUUUAUCAUCACCACCUCAAUCGACGGACACGUCAAGUUCUGGAAGAAGACCGAAAAGGGUAUCGAGUUUGUCAAGCACUAUCGUGCCCACCUCAGCGCCAUUGUCGCUGUUGCCCUGAGCCACGAUGGUCUGCUGUUUGCCACGGCUGGCGCCGACAAGGCUCUCAAGAUCUUUGAUGUUGUCAACUUUGACAUGAUCAACUUGAUCAAGUUGGACUAUCUGCCCAACAGCCUCUCGUGGGCAUGCCAAAAGGGCCAGAUCCAGGCUCUGCUAUUAUGCUCGGACAAAGAAUCGCCCGCCAUCCAUGUCUAUGAUGGACGCGGCGGCGAUCAAACCAUCUGUACCGUUUCCAAGAUCCAUCAGCAGCCUGUGCAUAUCAUGCAGUAUCAUCCGGACGCCAAUACCAUCGUCAGCGUUGACGAGGGUGGCAUGAUUGAAUACUGGGUCGUCAGCACGACCGAGCCACUCCCGCCCCCACCCGAAGCACCGUAUGUCAGCUGGGAAUACAAGGCCGAAACUGACCUGUACGAGUUCAAGAAGGCCAAGGUGGUGCCGAGCUCGCUGAGGUUCUCGCCGGAUUUCUCCAUGUUUGUGACCUUUGGGUUCGGUGACAGGGCCAUCCGCAUCUUCAAUUUCAAGACGGGCAAGCUGAUUCGGAAAUAUGAUGAGAGCCUCAGCGUCAUCACCGAGAUGAAGCAGGCCGGCACUCUCGGUGACCAGCUGGAUGAUAUGGAGUUUGGCAGACGCCUGGCCAUCGAGCGCGAGUUUGGCCAGGGCAAAUCCGGCCAGGUGUCGACGGCCAACGUCAUCUUUGACGAGUCGGGCAACUUUAUUCUGUAUCCGACGCUGCUGGGCAUCAAAAUCGUCAACAUUGUCACCAACAAGGUCGUGCGGCUCAUCAGCAAAAUGGACAACCAGCGCUUCCUCAACAUCGCGCUCUACCAAGGUGCUCCGAAGAAGAAAAACCUGAUGACCUCGGCCAUGGCUGCCUCCGACAACCAGCUCCUGAAAGACAGUCUGGCCAACGACCCCACGCUCUUUUGCACAGCCUACAAGCGGAACCGAUUCUACUUGCUGACACGGCGUGAGCACGAGGAGACCGGCUCGGCGACUGGCCGCGACAUCUUCAACGAAAAGCCGUCUCGCGAGGAACAGACCGUCGCAGCCAUGUCCAGCACCAAUCUCAAGGCUGCCAUUGGCUCUGCCGCCAUCAUCCACACUUCUUUUGGCGACAUUCAUCUGCAGCUCUUCCCGCAGUAUGCUCCAAAGGCGGUCGAGAACUUCGUUGGACUGGCCAAGAAGGGAUUCUACAGCAACCUUAUCUUCCACCGUGUGAUCAAGGGCUUCAUGAUCCAGACCGGCUGUCCCUUUGGCGACGGCACGGGCUCCGAGUCGCUGUGGGGACACGAGUUUGAAGAUGAGUUUCAUAAGGCCGCCAAGCACGACCGGCCCUAUACCCUCAGUAUGGCCAACAGCGGACCCGGAACCAACGGAAGCCAGUUCUUCAUCACGACUGUCCCAACGCCGUGGCUCGACAACAAGCACACCGUGUUCGGGCGAGCUACUGGCGGCAUGGAUGUCGUCCAAAAGAUCGAGGGUCUCAAGGUGGACAAGUUCGACAAGCCUUACGAAGACGUUCGUAUUCUGUCGAUCGAAGUCCGAUAAUGUGCCGAGGGCCGUUCGGGGAGGACCGUGGCACUGAUGGUGGCCCAGAAUACUUGCCGACUGUGGCAACACCUCCGAGCAGGUGCGCUAUUGGGACAAUACAACAGCCACCGAUUCCCACUCUUCAGACCAUCACGACAGUCCAGGGACAUUGUGCGGAUAGCGACUUUCCUGGACACCCAGGUCGAGCACAUGUAUUCAAGCUCUGGGAAUCGGGUAUAAUGGUGACUCACAUUGUCGACAGUCGCGGCGGCUGCAGUGCUCCUGGCUUCGGAUCAAAAUGGUCACACUGCACAAUACUGAACAGAGCCAUGCAGAU